AUGGAUGAAUCGACCGGUCCGAACCGAUGGAUGGAUCGAUCGGAACGAUCAGGCCUCGGGCUCUUGGGGGCCGAGGCGUUCGUCUUGCCGUCGGCGACUCUCCGACAGGGAUCGUUUGCGCAGCAGCAGCAGCAGCAGCGAGGAGUAACGCGAUGGACGGCCGCCGCGGGUCCGCGAACGGCGAGGGGCGGGGGGGUGGGGGCGCUAUCGAUGGGGUCUACGGCAGACUUCAAGAACGGGAUGACCAUCGACAUUGACGGCAACCCUUGCAAGAUUCUGGAGUUCUUGCACGUUAAGCCGGGCAAGGGGUCGGCGUUCGUGCGAACAAAGGUCAAGAACCUCAUCACGGGCAACUCUUUGGAGAAGACGUUUCGGGCGGGAGAACCGGUAGAACAAGCGCAGGUGGACAAGGUCGACCUUCAGUACACGUACAAGGAAGGGGACAUGUACUACUUCAUGGACUCGGCAACCUACGAAGAGGUGUCCAUCGCGGAGAAGGUUGUGGGGGACAAGGCGGGCUUCUUCCUGGAGGGAAUGGAGCUUUCGGCUACGUACUUCAAGGGGAAGGUGAUCGAGGUGACCCUGCCGAAGCAGAUGAUCCUUGAGGUGGUGGAGACGGACCCCGGGGAGAAGGGGAACACCGCACAGGGUGCAACGAAGCCGGCAAAGGUGGCCGCCGGAGCGAUUAUCAACGUGCCCCUGUUCAUCACCACCGGCGAAAAGAUUAGGGUUGACAUCGAUUCCAAGAAGUACAUGGAGCGCGCAAAAGAAUGACCAUUCAUUCAAUUAGGGCGGUCUACGAUUGAUAGAGAUGCACCACUUCUUGCUGAUGAGGUCGCUGGCGCAUUCGUUGGGAGCUUUUUUGGCCUUUAGAAGGUCGCACGCGUGGUUCGAGGCGAUGCGUCGUGGGGGGUUGGGGGCGCGCUCCGCGGGAUUGGUUAGUAUGCUAGGUAACGGGUGCGUUUUUUAUCGCCUU